AGAACAAAUCACGAGUCGAAUGCUGCUGCUAACGCUAGCCAGCCGCUAGCUGCAUUGUUUUAACGUUUUGGUUGUGUCCCAGUGUGAACCCAAUGGCCCCGUUUAAAGUGCUCUAUUAGACCACGUUUUUUCGUAGAAGAGCUUCAGGAGGGGGGAGCAUGACGGUCCGUUACGAACGGUGAAUCAGUGCCAAUGAAAGUACAGAAGCAGCAACAAUGAAAGUGCAUAAAGUCUCCCCUCGUUCCAGAAAUGAGCAGCGAAAGCGCCACCCACCAAAGAACAAGUGGCGUGUUCACAACAAAAAAAUUAGCAAUGUGGACCCCUCUGGCCUCAGUUCAAGCCCUGCCACAGCAAAACUGGAGCAUCAUCUGGCUACCAGGCAAAAGCUCAAGCUGAAACGGUUGCAGAAGGUGUACACCAAGGCCGUGGACUUGACACUUGAGGACAAUCAUUCAGUUAGGGCCAAAGGCAAGGUCUCCGCUCCUGUUACCCUCCCUCAAGCCCACACUAAUGGUGGGACAGAGGUGGAGGCCGCCAGUGAUUCGGAAGACUCUCAGGAGUGGCGCUCCUAUGCCAAGAGUGUUCUUCAGAAUGGUAUGGAGCGAAGAGGAGGUCGGGAAAAUUCAGCCCCAGCUGCUUCGGAGCAGUUGGAGGACGAGGAGUUGCCGGGAUACCAUGCCCAGCAUGAUCAUGUCCAGAACCACACAGUGUUGGUUUUGCAGCAAGGCCAGUCCCUGUGUUUCCGAGGGAGGUGCUUGCUCACAUGCCUCAGCGGUCGUGUGGAGGUGCUGGGCUUCACUAUAGAGCAGGGCCAGCAACCUUACCCACUCUUCUCCCCCUCAUCCCAUUGCCCCCUCACCAUCACAGCCUUAGGGGACUGCACACCGUCCACCAAGAACAAGAAAGAAGGCCGCUUGGAGGCCAAGGCCAUUGUCCGCAAGUACCUUUCCUCAGAGCCUCGGAAGAGGCUGCUAAGCGAGGUGGACUCCGAUUCGUGUGUGGUGCUGCUGCAGCCGCUGGACACACCACUCACACGUUUCCUCAGCAGCUUCAGUGAGCUCAGCCCGCUCUUUGACAUCAACUCAAAAGAGUUGCGCUCUCAGGCCGCUGUAUAUGAUCCUGCCCUCUCGGCUGUGGGUGUUACAGCUUUGCGGGGGCCGUGUAGACAAGGUCUUGUCACGUCCCUGAGUUACAGAGAGGCUCUCAGCAACCUACUCAGUGCCUGGGAAGGGGAUUUUGACCGCUGUCCCAUUGUUCUUGUGUGUGGGGCCAAAAAUUCUGGCAAGUCAACCUUUAACCGACAUCUCAUCAACAGCCUACUCAACCACACUGCAAGUGUAGAGUAUCUGGAGUGUGACCUUGGACAGACUGAAUUCACUCCUCCUGGAUGUCUUUCUUUGAGCACAGUGACUGAGCCACUGCUGGGUCCUCCUUUCACACACCAGCGAGAGCCAGACCACAUGGUUUUCUAUGGACAGGCCGAUUGCCAGGCUGACCUGGACAGAUAUCUGGACUCCCUCAAAACCUUGUGGAGGCACUACAGUGGAGAAAAUCCCAUCAUCAUCAAUACCAUGGGCUGGGUCAAAGGCCAUGGCUUCCAGUUGCUGUUGGACCUCAUCCGCUUCUUCUCCGUCACCCACUUGGUACAGCUGAGCUAUGGCGACACGCCCCAGUGCCACAGUCUCACCCCCGAGUUCCUACGAUCUGCCCAGGGGUGGCAAACACAUCCCCCGUCCCAGCCUUCUAUCACAGAUGAGCCAGUCAGUCACCUCUCUGCGAGGAGUCAUGUCCUUCUCAGCGUCCACUCAGAGUUUGAAGGGGCUGGCACCUCUGGUGAAAUGCGUCACCAACGUAGUAAUGAGCUUCGGGACCUGGCGCUGCUUGGGUAUUUCAGCCACCUGCAAUCUUCAGAACCAGGCCCCAUUCGCCCCCUCCACUGCUUCACUCCUUACCAGGUGCCACACUCAGCUGUAGCUAUAGGAGUUACACACUGUGAGGUGGCGCCAAACCACAUUCUAUAUGCAGCCAAUGCCAGUCUCGUGGGACUCUGCUGUCUCGGAGAAAAAGUAUCAGGAAGGGGAGGCCCAGUACUGCUCUCCCAGGUACCCAUCUGCCAUUGCGUGGGCUUAGGUGUCCUUAGAGGGGUGGACAUGGCACGCGGGCUUUACUUUUUGGUUACUCCAGUACCCCCUGCUGCCCUGAGGCAAGUGAACUGUCUGUUGCUCGGGGAAAUCAAGAUGCCUAAAAUACUCUUCACCACACAGCAUGGAGUUGAAAUGGAGCUUCCGUACGUCACCACAGACUACAGCUUUGACAUCACCGGCGCUGGAAAACUCCACGUUUUUAAAAGACGGACAAGAACCUGUUUUGUAAAUACUAAAACAAAUAACUAAAGUCUUUGUGUCUGGACUACGCUUUCAGCGAAUGACGUUUGUAUCCUUGUAUUUGUUUUAUAUUCUGAAUAAAAAGGCAACAGCUGCUGUUGAAUGUACAGAACAACAGGCAUUUUGGUUCUUGAAACUCUGUGCCAUCUAAAGCGAUGGUGUAUGAUGAGAACUGUUGUUUGUAUCAUUUGAUCAGGCAACUCCCAUAAAACUAUUUGGAACACAA